UGUCUCGGGGAGAAACUUCCGAAAUUGGCAGCCGAAAAGUUCAGCACCCGAAAGGGAUGCACGGAAGCUAAACUGGAGCAUCCGCACAAUGCUGGCUCGGAGAGAGGAUUUAGUAGUGUCGUGACUUUCAAUCGUUGCACUGUGAGAGACGUCGAUCCGUUUUUUGGAAUGGUCAGGACGAAUAUUGUGGGGUGAUUUUCGCGUGUGUAUAUUUUUCCCAGCAUCGAUAACGAGUUACAAGAUUGUUAAAAGUUGAAAGUGUUUAAAUUUUAUGAUGAACUUUCUUCUCUUAAAUGCGUUCAGUUGUUAGUCGUAUAGCGCAUAGUGGUUGUUUUAAUGCAGCUCGCUGCAAAGUGCUUUCACAGUGACAAAAUUGGGCAAUUCAGCUCACGGCUGGUAUCCCUUGGGAGAGAGAAGGAGAGCCAGCUAGUGUAAGUGCGGUCGAGAGAAAGAGAGGGAGAGAGAAAUUCCGGAAACAAAAGGAUCGCCUUCGUAUCUUUAACGUGUACGGGCGCUAGUUAGAAUGUGAGGGACAAUUCGUAGGAAAAAAAAGAAAAUCAAUAAAAUUCAUUCAAGGUUAUUCACAUCGGUUAAAAGAGUAUGUGUCGAGACAAAUUGACUUUCGGCAGGGAGGAAUAACAAUAACAACCCACAACGAAGGCUUGAAUAGUGAUUUUCACCGCGACGAAAAACUACGCACAAUCAUAGAUAAAAGCAUUUGGUGACAAAAUGCAACAACCACAAAUAGGACAAGGCGUUUUGCCUCCCAGCUGCUUGAGUCAUGUCCUAGCCUAAUCAGCAAAAAGUACCUUUUUGCCGACAAGUCAAAGGAACGUGAGAACGUGACAACAAUUUUCUCGCAUGCACUUUUCCUCACUGGUAUGUGGUAUUAGAGGCAUCCGUUGCCAAGUGUUUUCGUGCGAACCUUGCCAAACCGGAAAGCAGGUCAAAUUCAAAUUUUCUUGGCACCGAUUUCUGCACUGCCAGCAGUGCAGACUGAUAGCAGUCGACCUGCAGCUGGGAAAUCCAACGGCCGAAAGCUGCGACUAGCCAAACAGCAGAGGCGAAAACAGGCAGCUAUGGAAUAUCGACAUGACAGUUGCGUUUUUCUCAUCACGGUGGACAAUCGAAGUGAAAGUUGUUCUCGGUAAUUUAAGAUAAAUAGUCAGUGCACAUCAAGUGAAAAGUUUUGUCAAGUGAUACCAAAUGCAAGCAUAUCAUGCUACAAUGAAAAUCUCAAUCAAGCAGCAAUUUAUCAGCCUACGAAGGUAUUGCUUGUGUCUGUUACUAGUGUGGUGUAGUGGGUCGUCAUUGGCCACAGCAUCCCAAUGGGACCAUGUGGUGGAUUUCGAUCACAACUACCGGCUGCUGUGGACUUCGAACAGUCAGGAUAUUACGUUCGAGAUACAGGCCAGAACGCUGGGGUAUGUGGGUCUUGGAUUUUCUCACGACGGGACACUGGCCGAUUCGGAUAUUGUCAUUGGCUGGAUCGAUCAGGGACAUGUGAUGCUGCAGGACCGACACAUUCGAGCAGAAAGCGACGGUGAUCCCGUGGUUGACCCGUCCCAAGACUACACCGUGCUGCUUGGAUACGAAAAUGUAACCCAUACAGUGAUACGUUUCAAGCGUAACCUAGAAACCUGUGAUAAUAGGGAUGACAUGCCCAUAACGAACGAUACAAUGCGAGUAAUAUUCAUGUACUCAAAGCAAAAACCCAUGAAAGGAUCAACGCUUCCCGGAACUCUCCCAGCACCGCUGGAGGCUUUCAAGGGGUCUCGAUCGGUAUUUUUAACACAACGCACCAGCCAGCAUCCGCUGCCGAAUCCAGCCAGCAUCAACAUCCUGGAGUUGCGAAACGAAGACGUCGAGCUACCAGAAAGUGACGAAAGCUUGUAUUGGUGCAAGAUUUUCAAACUGGACGACUUCCACCAGAAGCAUCAUCUUGUGCGGUACGAACCCGUCUUCGAUUCGUCGACCAGCGUCCUCUACCUGAACCACAUGAUCCUGUACGAGUGCCAGGGCCUAUCAAAGGAACUGGAAAUGCUUUCCCGCGAACGAGGCCAGCCCUGCUUCCGGCUGCAGCCGAUGCACUGCAACACCGUCGUCGCAAACUGGGCCCGCGGAUCGGAUGGUUUCAGCUUCCCCCAGGAAACGGGCUACCCGCUAGACUCCCACCAGGCAACCUUUUACAUGUUGGAAACGCACUACAACAAUCCGGACUAUUCGUACGAUUUUUCGUCAUUUUAUCGGAAGAAUUUGAGCAAGCAGCAACGCAAUAUGAACAUUCAUGGUGACGAUGAUGAUGACGACGACGAGGACGACACCGGCGCCGACAACGGCAAUGAUGGUGAUGAGGAUACUGUUAACGAGAAUACGAAUCAGGAUGAUAGGAACCGGGAGGAGUACGAAGCCGGAAGUGAACCUGAUGUGGGACCCGAUAGUGAUGCCGCCAAUGAGCAGCAGGUGGUUGAUAAUUCCGGCCUCAAGUUGUACUACACGCAAAGGUUGAGAAAUUUUGACGCCGGUGUUCUGUCGGUCGGCCUGGAUCCGAACUGGCGCCACAUCAUUCCUCCGGGCCAGGAAAAGGUAGUUUCCGAGGGGCACUGCAUCGGUUCCUGCACGGAAAAGGGUUUCCCGAAGGAAGGAAUUAAUAUUUUUGCGGUGAUGACGCGCACCCACUUGAUCGGGCGACAGGUGAAGCUGAGACAGAUUCGCGGCAACGAAGAGCACCAGCCGAUUGUGCACGACACCAAUAUCGAUCCCAGCUACCAGGACUACCGGCGGCUGCCGGCACCCGUGAACGUUCUUCCCGGUGACAGUCUUAUCGCCGAAUGUAUCUAUGACAGCUCGUCGCGGAAAUCCAUCACAUUGGGUGGCAUGACGACCAGGGAGGAAAUCUGUCUGGUCCUCACGCUAUAUUAUCCGAGACAGAAGGAGCUGACAUCCUGUCACUCACUGCCGAGCUUACCGACGGUGCUACAUUCGCUGGGGAUUCAGGAGCUCGCCUCUGGAACCAACCCGGUUGUGAUCGCCUCCCCACCCGAACUGGCCGGGAUGACUCUGGAAAAGCGGCUCACUUCGUACGAUUGGGCAAACCAGUUCGAAAGCUUCCAGUAUGUAACCCGAGGGGGUUCCUUCAAACCACUCUGCUGGACGCCAAACAAUAGCAUGCUACCGGGCAUCGAAAUGGAAUCGUACGGUAGCAACAUCACCCGCUACUGGAAACCGGCCAACAAGUGCCGCAACAUCCACACCAACAUGGUGACCGAGCCGAUGCAGGAUGGCAGUCAGCCCAACAUGAUCGAGCUGCCGGCGAUGGACGAUCACGAGUCCACCAACAUGGUCGAUGCGGAUCUUCGGGCAAAAGUAUCACGGCCGAACAGCAACGCUAACAACCAGGGUGGCGGGCGUCCCACCUCGAACGGGGGACACAGUGGCACCAACCGCAAAAUUCCUCCCGAAGGAACCAUGUUGGCUACCUUGGUUUUGGUGGCCACAAGCCGACUCGUGAUCGGAUUAAUUUAAUUAAAAUGCAAGCAAACCACUCCCGGUUGGAGCGAACAACCGUGCUGCCAAACGUAGGUCUCGUCAAUCGGAAUCGGAGUAACCGAGUACAAGAGGAUUGAUUCGGAAUGGGGGG